AUGGCCACUCGCCCGUCGACGCCGAGACGCGGCGACGCGACGACCUAUGGCUCGAGCGACCUGCGCUACGUCGUGCUCUGCAACGCGCUCUUGCCCAUGCUCAUCUACUUUGUGGCGUCAAAGUACACGUCGCAGCUGAUCGCGAUGGCGCUGCAGUCGCUGCCGCCGCUGGGUCGCAUCGUGUAUCAGAUGCUCGUGCAGCGCAAGGCCGACGCGAUCUCGCUCGUCCAAGUGUCGGCGAUCGUCGCGUGCCUCGUCCUCAUGACGCUGCUCGACGACCCACGCGUCGCGCUGCUCAAGGACCCGCUCACCUUCAUGUGUUUUGCAGUCGCGUUUGCGAUCCCGCUCGUGCACGACCAAUUCAACUUGCUCUGGAUCAAGUACCGCCUCUUGAACGAGACGUCGCCAGCGGACGCCCAGUAUCUCGACGACCUCUGGUCGCUGCGCCCCGUGCGCCGGCGGUUCCGAGCGCUCUCGGCGCUCUGGGGACUCGUCAUCUUUGCGGAAGACUCGCUGCGCGUCUACUUGAUCUUCCACUGCUCGCUCGACCUCAUGGUGUACAUCUCGCCCAUCAUUGGCACCUCGUGCAUGGUUCUCCUCGUCGCGUACACGUACGAGCACCUCCGCGCAUACGCACCGCUCAAGGACGCUUCGGACGACGAAACGCGGCCGCUCCUCCGCGCCUAAAUACGCAGUCGGUGGCAAUACUAUGUCGACUACGAACCGAUUGCCAGCGUCCAUGCUACCUGUCAAUUAUCUUGACGAGCGUCCAACCGACUCUGCAUGGGCGA